UUCAAUUCUUUGAGUUUUUGUCUUAUUUGAUAGUUUUGGCUCCGAUUCGUCGAUCACUGUGCCGUGGUGUUUGUUUUUGGAUGUAAUUGACGUGGAUGUACAUGUGUUGGUAUGGAGGUCUUAGAAGCUUGUUCGCCCUAAUUUGUUAGGAAUUGUGCUCUGCGUGUCUGAGCAGCAGUUUAGAGCAGAGAUCUAGGGUUUUGUUUUACGGAGAUGGUGUAGGAAAGGAUUUAUUGACGUGGAACGAGCUGGCGUUUUAGUUUUGUUGAGGCAUGGGUUUGUGGUUGCGAGUAGUUUGUUUUUGGGAUUGAAUUAUGUGUGCAAGGAGGUGACUCUGUGUUCUUGUUAAUCCUGUAAAUGGAAUUAGAUGUUAUCACCUUCUUCUCCAUCCUUGAGGUUCAUGUCGACGUAUGCUUUGGACUUUCAUUUCAAAGCUGCUAUAUAUCCGGUGAGGAUGUCUACUCCUGCAAGGAAGAGAUUGAUGAGGGACUUCAGGAGGUUGCAACAAGAUCCACCUGCUGGCAUCAGUGGUGCUCCCCAAGACAAUAAUAUCAUGCUAUGGAAUGCUGUUAUAUUUGGCCCAGAUGAUACACCUUGGGAUGGAGGUACGUUUAAGCUGACUCUUCAGUUCACUGAGGACUAUCCAAAUAAGCCACCAACAGUCCGCUUUGUGUCUAGAAUGUUCCACCCUAAUAUUUAUGCUGAUGGAAGCAUUUGCUUGGACAUUCUGCAAAAUCAGUGGAGCCCAAUCUAUGAUGUAGCAGCUAUACUUACCUCUAUUCAGUCGUUGCUGUGCGACCCCAACCCGAACUCUCCUGCUAAUUCUGAAGCUGCUAGGAUGUUUAGUGAGAACAAGCGUGAAUACAACAGGAGAGUACGCGAGAUCGUGGAACAGAGUUGGACUGCUGAUUAGCCACAAAAUGGUUGUAGGAGAACGAAAAAGAUAGUCGGUGGCUUGUUUGCAUGAUAUUUUACCUGGGAAGAAAACCAAUUUGUUGUGUAAUUUGCGUAUUAUGUGAUAUGCUUGCUUGGUUUAUAAAGAUGAACGACUUUGGUCUAUUUCAA